AUGCGAACUUCUUGGGGUCCAGUAGUGAUUAACAAAGACGAGCCAAUAUCAGUAGGCGAUGUCUUCAACGCCGUAUGGGAAUACCUACACAAGCCAAUCACGCAGAGCGACUGGACAGCCAUCCUAGAGUCUCACGGUGAGCAGAGACGCAAUCGUAUUGCGUAUGCGAUGUAUAGGCGGUGCCAAUGUGCAGCUGCUUUGUACGAUUAUAUGGUUUCACAAGGUGUCAAACGUGUGGAUCUAUUGGAGGGAAGUACUGUGUACUGGGGAACGUGGUUGGUUUAUAAUGUUGAUUACACUUGGUCGCUAUGCAUGGGUUUCAUGCCAAAGGGUAGGAUGGCGUGA